AUGCAGCGCUGGAAGGCGGCGGCCUUGGCCUCGGUGCUCUGCAGCUCCGUGCUCUCCCUCUGGAUGUGUUGGGAAGGCCUGCUCCUCAGCCACCGCCUCGGACCCGCGCUUGCCCCGCUGCGCCGGCCGCCUCGCACCCUGGACGCUCGAAUCGCCCGCCUGGCCCAGUACCGUGCACUGCUGCAGGGCGCCCCGGACGCGGUGGAGCUUCGCGAACUGACGCCCUGGGCCGGGAGGUCCCCGGGUCCGCGCCGUCGGGCGGGGCCCCGGCGGCGGCGCGCGCGUGCGCGGUCGGGGACCCGGCCGUGCGGGCUGCGCGAGCUCGAGGUGCGCGUGAGCGAGCUGGGCCUGGGCUACGCGUCGGACGAGACGGUGCUGUUCCGCUACUGCGCAGGCGCGUGCGAGGCGGCCGCGCGCGUCUACGACCUGGGGCUGCGGCGCCUGCGCCAGCGGCGGCGAGUGCGGCGAGAGCGGGUGCGAGCGCAGCCCUGCUGCCGCCCGACGGCCUACGAGGACGAGGUGUCCUUCCUGGACACGCACAGUCGCUACCACACGGUCCACGAGCUGUCGGCGCGCGAGUGCGCUUGCGUGUGA